AUGAAAAUUUUUAUUACAUCAUUUGUUUUGAUGAUGGUGAUGGCUGUCACUUAUGCAGCUCAUGUUGGCAGUCAUAGUCGAAAACCGGCAUCAGCUGAAGGAUUUGCCAAAGCUUCGAAUGAUUUUGGUUUCGGUUUAUUGAAACAAAUUGUUCAACAUCAAUCAUCAUCAUCAUCCGGUUCGAAAAAUGUUCUUUUCUCACCAUACAGUGUUGCUGUUGCAUUAUCGAUGGUACAUCAAGGUUCACAAGGAUCAACUGCCGAACAAUUUAAACGUGUAUUGAAUUAUGAUCAAGUAUCACAAUUGAAUAAUGGUGAACAUCAAGCUGUAGCCAAUUCUGUUAAACAAUUACAAGAACAAAUUAAAAAUUCAUACAACGUUAAAUUAGAAUUUGGUAAUAUGAUGGUUGUUGAUCAUAAAAUGUCUAUUAAAGAUGAAUAUCGAAAAACUAUUGAACAAUAUUAUGAGAGUGAAGUAAUGUCGGUUGAUUUUUCCAAAGAAUCGAAAAAUAUAAUGGAACAAAUCAAUGAAUAUAUAUCGAACAAAACAUAUGGUUUGAUUAAUCCUAUGCUUGAACGGCCACCAUCGCCCAAUACUGUUCUUGCAUUGAUAAAUGCCGUUUAUUUUAAAGGUGAAUGGUUGAAAAUGUUUGAUCCAUCUAAAACCGAAAAAGGUGUAUUCUAUGAUCAUCAAGGCCAUGAAUAUAAAAAUGUUGAAUAUAUGCACGGAAAAGGUGAACAUGGAUAUGUUGAAAUUCCGGAAUUGAAUUCCGAUCUGAUUAUAAUGCGAUACAGAACUAGAGAUGUUGCCUUCUACAGUGUAUUACCACGUGAACGUAAUUGUGAUCUAAGUAAAAUCCGUCAAUCAUUAAAUUCAUCUUUCAUUGAUGAAAUUAUUGGUCGAAAUAAAGGUAAUUCAGUUGUCUAUUUCCCAAAAAUUGAACUUAGUACAUCAUAUCAAUUGCCCGGAAUUUUAAAUACAAUGGGCAUACAAGAUGCUUUCACUGGAUCGGCUAAUUUUUCUGGUAUCAGCAAUAAUAAAUCAAUGAAAAUCGAUGAAGUCAUUCAUAAAGCAAAAUUAAUUAUUAAUGAAAAAGGAACAGAAGCUUCUGCCAGUACCUAUUCAUCAUUUAUGUCUAGAAUGUAUACAGGAAUACCAAGAACUAUCCGUUUUGAUCAUCCAUCCAUAAAGUAUUUUUAUCCGAGAAUUAUCCAACAACCAAAAACAAAAUCAAAGAAAAUGAAAAUUUUUAUUACAUCAUUUGUUUUGAUGAUGGUGAUGGCUGUCACUUAUGAAGCUCGUAAUGUUAGUCUUAUUAGUCAUAUUGUAAUACUGGGAUCAGCUAGAGGAUUUGCCAAAGCUUCGAAUGAUUUUGGUUUUCAUUUAUUGCAACAAAUUCAACAUCAUUCAUCUGGUUCGGAAAAUGUUUUCUUCUCACCAUACAGUGUUGCCGUUGCAUUAUCGAUGGUAUAUCAAGGUACACAAGGAUAUACUGCAGAACAAUUUAAACGUGCAUUGAAUUAUGAUAAAAUAUCACAAUUGAAUAAUGGUGAAUAUCAAGCCGUAGCCAAUUCUGUGAAACGAUUGCGAGAACGAAUGAACAAAGCAAAACAUAUUAUAUUGGAAUAUGGUAAUAUGUUGGUUGUAGAUAAUAAAAAACUGCCUAUUAAAGAUGAAUAUCGAAAAACUAUUGAACAAUAUUAUGAUAGUCAAAUAAUAUCGGUUGAUUUACCUAAAGAAUCGAGAAAUAUUAUGGAACGAAUCAAUCAAUAUGUAUCGAAUAAAACACAUGGUUUAAUUAAUCCUAUGCUUGAACAGCCACCAUCACCUGAUACUGUUCUUGCAUUGAUAAAUGCUGUUUAUUUUAAAGGUGAAUGGUUGAAACCAUUCAAUGAAAUACGUACUAAAGAAGGUAUAUUCUAUGAUCAUCGUGGUAAUGAAUAUAAAAAUGUUAAAUAUAUGAAUGGACGAGAUCCAUUUGAAUAUGUUGAAAUUCCGGAAUUGAAUUCCGAUCUAAUUAAAAUGCCAUACAAAGGUAGCGAUGUUGUCUUCUACGGUUUAUUACCACGUGAACGUGAUUGUGAUCUAAGCAAAAUUCGUCAAUCAUUAAAUUCAUCUUUUAUUGAUGAAAUUAUUAAUCGAACUUAUAGUAAUUCUGGUCUGUUUUUUCCAAAAAUCAAACUUGAUACAUCAUAUCGAUUGCCCGAAAUCUUAAAAUCAAUGGGCAUACAAGAUGCUUUCACUGGAUCGGCUAAUUUUUCUGGUAUCAGCGAUAAUAAAUCAUUGAAAAUAGAUGAUGUUCUUCAUAAAGCCAAAUUAAUUGUUGAUGAACAAGGAACAGAAGCAGCUGCCGGUACCUAUAUUGGGUUUGUUACAAGAUCGGGUUCAGUAUCUCGAAAAAUUUUCCGUUUUGAUCAUCCAUUUUUGUAUUUUAUUCGUCAUCAAACAACCGGUCAGAUUUUGUUCCUUGGUGAAAUUCAUAAUUUCUAAAUAAUAAUAAAAAAUCACCAUCAAUGUUAUACACCAAAAUCCCGUUCCCUAAAUAAAUA